AUGAGCAACAGUAUUAAAAUUCGCCAGAAGUACGUAGACAUAAACCCCAUGCAGCUCUUUAACAGAAUUAUUUGCUCGAAUAAAACACCUGAAGAAAUUAAAUAUUGUUUUGAUUUCGAACUUUCACCAUAUCCAUUGGCACUUUUUAAAGACGGCAACCUAAGAAAGGGAGUAAAAUCUCAACUUCUGAAAGAAACUGACAGCUUGCAUACUUCUUCAGCUCCAUUCAUAAAUAACGGGACCUUUUGUAUUAUAGAUGGCGGAUUUCUUUUGCAUAAGGUGAAAUGGCAAAGACCAGCAAUAUACCAUGAAAUAUUCUCUCAGUAUGUAAAUUAUAUUGUUUAUACAUACACCAAAAAUUGUGUAGUAGUUUUUGAUGGCUAUAAUCAAGAAAAUCUAUCAACUAAAGAUAACUUACAGAAGUUUAGAUCUAAACAGAGCGUAGCAGUCUCAAUCCAGUUGCACGGCACGGUUGUCACACCACAAGAUCUCUUUUUAAAAAAUAGUCAAAAUAAAAAAGAGUUUAUCGAAAUCCUGCGAAGAUAUCUAGAAGAAAAUGAUAUUACCGUAUAUCAGGCGGAAAGGGAUGCUGAUGUACUGAUAGCAAUGACGACCGUUCAGUUGUCUAGCAUUAAAACACAUGUGACCCUGGUUUCUGAGGAUACAGAUAUCAUGGUUUUACUCAUAGAUCAUAUAAAAACCAAUAAUGUGUGUUUGCUUAGACCAGGCAAAGGGGCAAAGGGCGACAAAAUUUCUAGAAUAAAUGAGAUUUAG